UGACCGGUCACAGACUCGGAAUAAGCCGGGCAAGGCCUCUCAAGGUCGGGACUGGGCUACUCGUACAGUAUGCAUGGUAGUUGGUACAAAUGUUGUACAAUGUUGUUUUAGAAUUUUGUUGGGUUUCCGGUACUACUACUGUACUAUUGUUACUGCUGUACUAGCACAGUACAGUACGACGUCCUCGAAGGAAUGUUUCUUGGCGAACAGCAACAGCAACCUUCUUCUUCGUUUUUUAUUUUAUUUUUUUUUACUCGAUUUUCUUUCAUCGACACCAUAGCUAGCCCUUGGCUAGAUAAUCCUCAAAAUAGAAUGAAGACCAUCACCAGGAGCUCCUUCGAUCGCGGAACAUGCCUAUCUUGUAUAGCAGCUGGCUGACAGCAUCAGGAGUGGCAGGGGUGGUGGCAGCAGCAGCAGCAGCAGUAGCAGCAGUGGCAGCAGAAGAGAAGAUUGCAAUGAGCCUCAUGAGCCUGCGCGGGCGGAGGAGCACGCCUUGAUUGCUGAACCUCUACCAAUCGUCCACAUCGAAAUGCAGGAUCCGUUUCUUUACUUUGUGGAUAACCUGAAAAGGGAACAAGGAUACUUCAUACUGCCAUUUGACCCCCAUAUCAUAGCAUGCCAGGACCAUAAAGAUGGUGGUGCUCUCGUGGCACACUAUGUAUUGUUGACGCAGCAUCGCUUUGCCGAGCAUGUGCUGUACGGGUGCUCCUGCACUAUGGCAGUGGCACAAGCUCAACGGCUGGAUGCGCUAUCCGGCGACGGCACUGCCACCAGUGCAUUCCUCAAGGAAGAGGAAAAACUGUACUGCUGGCAUGCAAAAGCUAUCGACAAGCUUGUGUCUUCAAUUGUGAGUGAAGCGAGUCCACCAGACUGCCGUGUUGUGAUCGUGCGGACAAGUCCUCUCCUGGGGUGCGUUGCGGCUGGGACUGGAUAUGGAAUCGUAGCAAUUCGGCGCAACCGUACAGCCUGCUUGGUGUGCCAUGCCUUUGUGCAUGCAUGCAAGCACGUAAAAGCCUUUAAAGAGUGGCAACAUGAUCAGGCAAUUGAGCCUGAAGAGGAUGGUGAUUGCGAAGGUGGUGAUACAGAGCCUAUGGGCCCUGCCUGUAUAAGCUCCGAGAAGAUUCCGUAUCCCCUGACGUCAGAACUGAAAGAAAAAUUCUUGGGGUAAGUCCUCUGAAAUAGGAAGAAAUGCCAGAAGAUGUGAAUGAAUUGUCUACAUUUCAUGAGUAUUGCAAUGCAAUUCCAACAUAGCAGUUGUCCGUUAACAUCUUUCUCCGUGUCAUUUAAUUUUCUUUCUUGCCAUGUGUACUAUCAACUGUUACAAGGAUGGCAGAUCUAAACGUCCAUUUCUGCUUGUGCCUUCUUUGGGUGGAUCAUGUGCCAAUGGAUUUUCAUGGAGUGAGAGUGAUCCAGUCCAGCAGGGUUGGCUUGUAUCAAAUUGCCGUCUUGUUACUAUCGGAGCUGUUCUCCAAUUUGGGUACAAUGACAAAAGGGAACAGCAAAAGUGUGCAGUGUACUUCACACAGUGCACUGGUCCCUGUGCAUGCCGCAAGACGUAUGAUGGACAAGUGGAUGGCUACCUGAAUGUGAAUAACAAGUAUGCAGUUGACUAUGAACUGCUGAUGCUCCAGUUGCACUUAUUUCUGGAAGGUCGCAGUCCUCUGGCAACAACCCAUCGGGCCAUCUCCCUGAAUCAUUCCCACUUGUCUGGCAGUUGUGUUGUGCCCUAUUAUGUACUUCGGAGAGCCUGGGACACUUUCCUUCGGCUAUUGGAUAUCGACUGGCAGGGUCUGUUUUUUUGUCCAAUCUGCAAGUCUGAACCGAAGCGUAUUGUUUGUGAUGGAACAGCCCUUGGCUUUCGUCAGGAUCUAUUGCGUGCUAGAAGUGAGCCAGCAGCUACACAGCAACGUGUUGGAACAACGCAUGCUGAUCGAGUUUUCAUAUACAAGCCUGCUGCUAGGAAACUUCUACUUCAGUACAGUGGCGUGCAUCCGCAGCAGAAGCGCCGAAGACCUGGCACACCACCUGUUCCCUUGGGCAAGGAUGAGUUCUUUCAGUUGUGUGCCCUGCUUCUGAUGGAGGUCAACGGUUUGCCAGUGAGGCAACUGCUUCUGGACAGCCACGGUCCGGAGUCAACGGAGUUUCUUUGUCCGUCUUACAUCCAAGAAUUUGUUGAAGGCAUCAGCCGGAAUGGACCCAUAACCGGCUUUGUUCAGGUUGUGGAUGGCGAGGUCAUUCCUCUCCUGGAAGACAUCACCAAAGGCCUCCCCAUCCGGAGCACGGAAUUUGCACACAAGUUCCGACUUGUGCAGGAGAACUGCCCUGCUGUCAGCCAGCUGCUGGCAAGUAUGCCAGGAAAUUCGCUGGACCUCAAUGUGGCAGCCGUGGUAAAACAGGUGUUGGACUUUAUGAAGAAGUCCAUCCCUGUUGUACCAUGCUCCGUGCCCUUCCCGCCAGCGACAGAGGAGCCAGACAUACCUGGGCAACAAGGCACUACUGCCUUUUUCCCAAACUUACCGCGCCACCAUGGUGCGAGCACAUACGGCAUUGACAAACAGCGCUCGCCACGGUCGUGUAGUGCACACGUUGACUCGUGUAAUAAACAUUACAGCGGGCACCCCACACUGACACCUGGGGUGUUCACCCUGUACUGCCCUCAUGGCAUCUGUUACGGGUUUGAGGUGUCUACAUGUCAUGUUCAGGGAACCACAUUUUUUCAACAGCUCAGUGUUUGCUGUGGACAGGCUGCAUUGGGACAACCAUGUUGGCUGUUCCGAGGGUUACAACCUGAACAUCUUCAACAACAAGUACGACAUUGCGAAGAUCAACUCUCAGGUGAACGAACAGGCAAAUGUUGGUCUGGGAAAACUUCGAGCGUCGCUAGCAUAUAUGGCCCAGGAAAAGUUUAUGUUUCAUGCUGGACUGUACUUAGGUCUGCGAAACAGGCAGAAACAAGCUUUGUUGGGUGCAUCCACUUAAUUCCUUCCGUACUUUGGAAUUUAUCAGAAUAUCGCUGACAAAGAACCAUGCACCAUCUUAUAGUUUGUGCUUGCGAGUGAUUACUCUGUAUCUGUAUUGUAAUCGUAACUUUCUAUUGCAUAUUCUCAAAACUUGAUUAUUCACACUUCUAAGUCAUAAUUAUCAUACUUCAGUACAAUCACUUUAAAAACAAAGUGUUCUGCUGGAUAAAUCUAAAGAGAUGGUGGCGUGUUCAAUUUUACGUGGACGAGUCCAGAGAUAUCGCACUUUCUGAUUGCUUGUUAUUUAGUUAAUAUUACAUUUAAAUCCAGAAGUACAUUUUAUUAUGAGACUUUUUGUUCUUUCAUUGGCAUGAUAAGAAUCUUAAUUGAUGUAAGCUAGUGGCCUACCUAUAUACAUCAUUGUCCUUUUGUUCAUAAUCUUGCUUGAUACACACUUCAAAGUAUGUAGAUAAAUCUUCCAAUCACACUGCAUUUUUUAGCUCACCUGAGAUUGUUUUUAUUCUAUGUACACUGUCACGGUCUCAAUCAACCUAACCUACGCUGAAUAGUAACAACACUUUUAAGACUACAAAGUGUAUAACCUUUUAAUACAGCAGUUGAUUAUAGGAAAUAUAAACCUGUAUACCAUGGUAUACAAACCGAGGCGAAGCCGAGGUUUGUAUAAUUGGUUUAUAUUU